UUUCUUUCACAGUCAUUGGCCACACCACGCUCUUUUUUUCGCGACGGUCAACUACACAUCGCGCUUUUAGCUACGACUUCUACAGAACGAUCCCAACAGCGAUAUUCACGAUAUUCUACGAGACGCAUAUUUCUAUUCGACAAGAUGAUUAUUCCUAUUCGAUGCUUUUCCUGCGGGAAGGUGACGGGAGACCUCUGGGAGCGAUAUCUCAAGCUCAUCGAUGAAGGCGUCCAGGAUGGCGAUGCCAUGGACUCGCUAGGUUUGAAGCGAUACUGCUGUCGCCGAAUGGUCAUGACCCACGUUGACCUCAUCGAGAAGUUACUAAAGUAUACCCCUGACGGACGAAACGACAAGAAGAUCCAACUACAGCAGAGAUGAGCUCCGAUCGUAUUGGUAUGGAUGAAGGUUAAUAGUUUUGAUGAUCGAGAUAAUUGGCACAAAGAUUGCAUUCUAUGGCGUUGGGCUGGCAGUUCCAGGAUGGCGUAUCGAGACUGCUUAAGUGGCGUCACGACAGUUUAGACAGACUGCAAUGUGAAUUUAUCUGCUUUGGGUAUUGGAGAUGUCCGUGCUGAUAUAUAAAUCCGCCUUGAGGCUGAAGCAAGCCAGACCGCUUCGUCAUUAUACGCGAAAGGCCUAUCCAUAUGGCCUCGAGUUAGCAUAUGCUGAAUAGCCGCGAAGAAGAACGCCAUGCAUGUUAGCCGCGGCUAUAUUUCUAAUCUGCUUCUAAACUAAUUUUCAACCCUAGCUAACAUCCUACGAUGUUUAUCUUUUCUUGUUUGUCUCAAGGCUUCGAGCCACAAAUAGUCAUCACGAACCGAAUCCGCUCUUCUGCAUCUCUCCACCGGGAAAAAGGACUCGAUCGGUGCCUUGCUUUAAAAUGGGCUAUUGUUUUCGCCUGUCAUGUCAUGACUGAUCAUCCUAGGGGAUAGU